UUAGUUUCUCAUGCCAUGUUUUUUACAUUAUUUUAAAAAAAAGAUUCCCAAAUAAGAGCCGGCUAUCUUCAACUCAACACUCUCUUCUUCCUUCUUCACUGCUCUUCUCCAAUUCCUCUCCAGAUCUCUUCUCUGAAUCCUCUCCUUUCACAUGGCCGCCUGCUUUGCUCCGUCGCUCUCCGUAUCUGGGGGAUUGAUCAAGGCCUCGGAUCUCUCUUCAAAGUCCGUUUCCUUUGGGCAAACACCAAAACUCGCCAUCCGGAGGAAGUGUUCAAAAACCAACCACAAGUUAUCAGUUCGCGCUGAGUACAAUGAUGGUGGUAGAAGUGGCGGUGGGGAUUUUGUUGCUGGUUUUCUUCUUGGGGGUGCUGUAUUUGGAACCUUAGCUUAUCUUUUUGCUCCCCAGAUCAGGAGAUCUAUACUAAAUGAAGACGAGCACGGUUUUAGGAGGGCUAAGCGUCCAAUGUACUACGACGAAGGUCUUGAGAAAACGAGACAGACAUUGAAUGCAAAAAUAAGCCAAUUGAAUUCAGCGAUUGAUAAUGUAUCAUCACGUUUGAGAGGUGGAAACAAUACUCCAGCUGUCCCAGUUGAAGAAGCUGAACCCGAGAUUGAAGCUACCAUGUAAAAAUUCAAUUUAAACAUUGUUCAACAUAAGGUAGUUUUAAAUUUUCACCUUCUUAUAGACCAUAUAUUGAAUUCAUGUCACAAUAUGCCACAACUUUUAAUUGCAACUUCUUUUUUGGAUU